AUGUUUGGGAACUGUCCGUCAGGUGUUCCGGCUGAACUUUACCGGGUCGCAGAUGGGGGCCAAUCCGGACAGCACAUCACCGAGUUGGUGGCUGCUCGUGAGGAAGAUGUUUGGAAACCGGCAGAGGACUACAAAGACAGGAUGAAGAUCAGCGCGGUCAUUGGCUUCAGUCGCACAGAAUACACAGACACAGGACUGUAUGAGUUAAGAUGCGCUGGCCAGCAUGUUAACUCCACACAGCUGGAUGUUGUUCUAGCAUCUGAAGUCUCAGCCACUGAGGGGGGUAACGCCACACUUCCAUGUUACUACAUUACAGGCGGACAUGUGGACUCUAUAAAGUGGAGUAGAGGAGGAGAGAUGGUGCUGGAGCAGAGUCUGUCCUCCGGAGAGAUCAAACCCGGGACAGGAUUUAAGAAGAGACUUUCUCUGUCACCUGAUGGCUACAAGAAAGGAAACUGGGCGCUGAUUUUCAACCCGGUUCUGCUGGAGGAUGGAGGGGACUACUUCUGCUCCUUCCACCUAAACGGCGCGCCAGAGGGACGGGGAGACCCAGCUGCUGUGAGGAUGAGGGUCGCAGAGAGAAGACGGGAUCAGACCACCGGCCGCCCGUCUCUGACUACACCACAGAACGUGACAGAAGAGAAAGAAGAAAUGAGAACUUGGGCAGUUCUCAUCGUAACAGCAGUUGUGGUGUUUGUGAUUGUGGCCCCUUCUUGUUUUCUGCUUGGCAGGACCAGACCAGGCGGAGAACAAUAUUCAGAUGUGCCUCCUCCUCCUCCUUCUCCUCCUCCUCCUCCUCCUCCUCGUCAAGCCAACGGAUGGUCCCCGUCAAAUAAUGCUCAAGCAGAGUCCGAGCUCUAAAGACAUCCAAGUUUAAGGUUCUAUUGAGUUUCAUGUCCUGUAUUUUCCUGCCAUGUUUAAGUGUCACACCUUAGCUCAAACAAUCGGACACUGAUCAUUUAUCGUCUUUCAAUGGAAUCAAAAUUGGGAUUAAAUAAUAUAGUAUCGACUAUCGUCUCGGUAGAUUGAUAAAAGCAAGCCCAUUUCUAACUAAUUUCUCAGAUCCUGGUUUUGUUUUGACAUCACACUAUUUAUGUGCGUGCAUGUUAACAGUUUAUAGCUGAAAAAUGUCCUCUAUAGUUUAAACUACGUUUGCACACACACAGGUUUGUGGCACUAU